UAGAACCAUCAAAUAACUCAGUUUCCCGGGAAAGCGUACGGUUAUUCAUUCUAGCAUCCCAUUCUAACGAAAAACAUCGUUUCACAGCGCACAAAUGGAGUUCCGUUUUUUGCCGGAAACGUUGCUGCUAGCAAUCGGCGUCCUACCGCUGCAUACCUUUUGCAAUUGCUCUUCGAAAUGGAAGUGUACGGCUCGAUGGACCGUUUUAUUGCCGAUGGCCUUUAUAUUAGGUGGACUAGCCCAUUCCAUUCUUAUAACUGCCGAAUUCGUCGCGGAGAUUUUGCAUACACCGUACAGCACACGGGAGAACCCCACUCUUCACGCACUGAGCGUGAUGUGGAACAUGAUUUUUGUCUUCCAACCGACAGUUGUCUUAUUCCUUUUCCUUUGUAAACGCACUUCUUGGCACCGUGCUCAACGGUCGGUGGAAAAUCUGGCAGAUUUAAGCGGUACGCGAAUUACGAGAUUGUGCAGAUGGAAAUCAAUCGCACGCUUCCUGUCGUUGAUAAGUUUAUUUGUAACAGUCAUGUGGGAGUUUUUGGAUUGGCGGUCGUACAUGGACAACGAUCCCCGUUUUUAUGGCAAAGAUUUUCAGCAAGGCUACACGCCGCUCCCGAUAAAAAUCAGCGUCACGAACACGUUACUGAUUUGGAUUGCCUUGUGUACCAUUCCAUACUAUUUAGUCCAACAGCUGCACAUCUGUGUUAUAUUGAGCGCCAUUGUGCUGCGCGAUGCUUGUGCGGAAAUGUUGCACCGAUUACAAGUUCUCUGUACCGACAUUCAAAACAACCGAUGUUUGCCCGUUGGAAUUUCUCGCACUGUGCUAAGUUUCUACAGUUUCUAUGUCGAACUGGUUAACUGUCUGCACGACCUGAAUACGCUCUGGAAUUCCGUACUGUGCAGUAUAUUCGGAUUUAAUACCAUACUGACAUGUUGUUUUCUGGCUAUGGUGAUGUUUAGUCCAUCAGAAGUCGUUACGGUAUUGAUCUUCAACUAUGCCAGUUUGAUCACAUUCCUCGGUAUCGUGGUAGUAUUUUCUAUUCCGUUGGUUCAAGUACACGAGCAGGGUAGAAGAAUUCCGUUGUUAUUGUACCAGUUACAAAUGGCUGUUGAGAACCUCAAGAAGAUGACACCGGAAUACAAAGAAGUACGACAUAAAGAGUUCCGAUUUUUAAUACAUGUAUUGGAAUACAUGGAGGAUAUAUCGCAGGACCACAAUUUGUGUUUUAGCGGAAGCGAUUUUGUCGUUUAUUCGAGACAUGUUCUGGCCAAAGCGUGUGCGAUGCUAUUAUCAGCGGCGAUACUGGCUCAAGGAAUCGUUAACCGGAGUAGAAUAAAUGCAUUGUGUGACUGAACACAAUAUUCACUUCUUCCAGUUGAGCUGGAGAAAACGAUAAUGGUGGCAAAAACUGGGAGCAAUAUGCCGGGACGUGCAAGGCAUAAAUAAAAUCGAUAUCCUGAUUUGCUACUGAUGUGACGGACUGGAAAUUAGUUAUGUAAUGCUUUGCAUCUCUUGUCUCGGUUACGUCUUUUUUGUUGGUUUUGUCUUUGACAAUGUGAGGGAAUGCACAAAACCUGUUGGAAAAAUUAUAUUUUGGACAUUCAAGGUGUUGCGUACUGUUGUACUGCAGUAACUGUAAUGACAAGUAAGUAACACUAUGUACCAACAAAUACAUACUUUAAAGAACGUCUUUUUUGGCUUCUGUGUAACUUAAUAAUUGUAAGUACAAAGCACGGUUUUCACGAUUUUUCUUGAUAAGGUCAUAUGAGCUGCUAAACUUCAGCAAUGUGAUCUCUCCGAUAAAAA